CGAUUUAGGAAGGUUCGGGGGAAACUAUUAAUAACGUGCAAAUCUAGCAAUAAUAGCAAGUACCUACGGUAGGAUCUAUCUAGCUGUCCGCCAUCGUGCUCCCCUCCCCACAUCCACUCCUCAUCCCUGGCCGCUCCUUUUGCCUGUUCCCCUACUCUUAUCUCCCUCGGCCCCUCCAGCCCCUGCCCGGGUUCAUCAUCCGACGUUUUCCCCGUCUAAAUAUGCUUGUCCUCGCAGCCUAAAGGUUUCCCCGAAUCCCGUUCCGGAAGCUCGGCUCCUGCUGCUGCUGAGACUUUUUAUCCAAUUCGCCCCCUACCUCCUACCACUUCUCCCCCCUCUCCUGCCUCGCGUCUUGCGAGUCCGGAAUUCCACCCCUGUCGUUGCGCGAAACCCCCCACCAUCCUGUUAGAGCGUUGCGACCAUGGUGGCUGGCAUCAGCAAACGGCAGCAGUUCCGCAACGAGCGGGCGCUGCAGGACCUCAUCCGGUCGGUUCCUGGCAAUGAUCGCUGUGCCGAUUGCCAAGCAUUGAAUCCAGGAUGGGCUAGUUGGAACUUGGGAAUCUUCAUCUGCAUGCGAUGCGCAUCUCUGCAUCGGAAGCUGGGCACCCAUAUUUCCAAGGUCAAGUCCUUGAGUAUGGACACCUGGUCGGACGACCAGGUUGAUAAUAUGAAAUCGCACGGAAACAACAUUAUGAACAAGAUUUACAACCCCAGAAACGUCAAGCCGCCUGUCCCGACCGACGUCGAUGAGUCUGAUGUGUGCAUGGAACGCUUCAUUCGGCAGAAAUACCAGCACCGCUCCCUAGACGAGAAACCUAAACCCCCCAGUCGUCAUGAUUCGGGUUAUGAUAGGUCCUCGAGGGAAGACCGGUCUCCGGAAGGCUCUCCUCCUCCUCUACCUCCUAAACCCGCAAGGCCUUUUGGCUUCGGGCUCCGAUCCGCCUCAUCCGCGACCAACCUCAACCGGAUGUCCAAUCGUGGCUCUGCGGCCUCCCCCCAGUCGGAUACAUUCGGAUCGGGCUCACUGGGAGCAUCGGUGAGAAAAGGCUCGGUUGGCGACCUUGAGGGAUAUGGGUUUGCGAAUGAGCGCCGGAACGCAAUUGCCCUUCGAGAGCUGGACGGGAACCUGGACAAAACCAUUGAGACGUUGGUGAGGUUGGGAGAGGGCAACGGAUCGGUGUCGCUUCCAAAGACUCCAGUUGCUCAGCCUACUCCAGAUGCUGCCAAAUCUGCCAAUCCGUUCGAUCAAUUGGACGCCAGGCCUCCUACCCAACCAAGCGGGAACUUCAAUCCUUUUGAUGCACCAACACAACCACAGCUGCAAGCUCAACAGGCCCCGGUGCAGCCGCUAGAGCAGUCCUUCCAGAACCUGCAAGUCGCCCAGCCCUUGUUCCCGCACUCCACGGGAGGCUAUCCGAUGCGGCAGGCUUCACUUCCUCAACCUCUCUACCAGCAGGCGGCCACUCCCCCCGUCCCCGCGAAUUUCGCCCAGAACCCAUAUGUCUCUUCUCCGCAGCCAUUAGACGGUGGCCACAAUCCAUUCUUCCAGACCGGAGCUCAGCCGCAGGCCAGCUUGACUGCUCCAGCACCCAAUCCGAACCCCAAUCUCGCACAGACAAACCCCUUCUUCAGUCAAGCCGCACCGCAGCUAUCCGCGAUGCAGCCACCGCAAAGCCAGGCCCCGGCUGCUGCGUCAGUUUCCCCAUUUGGUCCGCUCCGACACGCAAAUACGAUGCCUGUUAUGGCCUCCACAUCUCCUUUCGCCCAGCCUUCUCCCUUCCAGUCACAGCCCCAGGCGCAGGCGCAGGCGCAACCGCAACCGCAGUUCCAAAUGCAGCAGCCCUUCCAACAACCUCAGGGCUCCCUCAACCCCUACCAGACCAUGACCGCACCAGCUACACCUCAGAACUUAGGGUACUCAGCGCAACCCCAGUUCGGAUACCAAACGUCUGCGCAACAUCUGCACUCGCAGCCCACCGGCCGCGUCGACAAGAACAGCAUCCUCUCUCUCUACCAGCUCUCCCCCCAACCGCCCUCUAUUCCCGAACAGUCACAAUACCAACCCUCUAUGGGCACGAACCCAAUGUCUGGACCAGCAGCCACCCAAACCAGCCAACCCUCCCCUUUCAAUGCCCAGCCCCAACAAUCCUCCCCCUUUACCACUAUGCCCCAACAACAACAGCAGCACAUCACAGACCCCCAAGCGGGAACCCGCAAUCCCUUCUUCACCACCCAGCCGGGAGCUCCUGCCCCCGCCGCCGCCGCCGCCGCAGCAUCCUACAUGCCUACCGCACAGGGACCGCAGCAAAACGCAGCCUACGGCAUGCCCAACAAACCCACUGGCGGGUUUCCCCGAGGCCAUAUGAGCCAGCAAAGCGUGGACAUCAAUGGCUUCCAGAGCGGAAGACACAGUCCCGAUGCAUUCGCCAGUUUGAGUGCGCGAUAUGGAUAG